CCCCGGCUCUGCCCCCCCGGCCCCGCCGCCUUGGCGGGAGGAUGCCGUACCUGCUCAUCAGCACACAGAUCCGCAUGGAGGUUGGCCCCACCAUGGUGGGAGACGAGCAUUCGGAUCCCGACCUGAUGAGCUUCCUGGGGGCCACGAAGAGGAACAUGCUGGGGAAUCACUUCUGGGAGUACUACGUGAACGACGCACCACGGAUAGUCUUGAACAAGCUGGAGAGCUGUGGCUACCGGGUGGUGAGCAUGACAGGCGUGGGCCAGACACUGGUGUGGUGCCUCCACAAGGAAUAGUGAGGAAGACUUCACAAGGAAUAGCAAGGAAGACUUCUGCGCUCCUCCCGGAGACCACCUCGCACGGGACUGACAGCAAACUUUUUCCCCUUAAUUCCUUUCUGUCCCAGACUCCAGGCACUCGGGCACGGGGCGGGGAGGAGUAGAGUAGAGGCAAAACUUGACCAAGUGGGAACUUGCCCUCCGUGCUCUUUCACAAGGCCGGGGGGAAGGAAGGUGCGCCCAGCCCAGAUGAAAUCCAUCCCAGAGAACAGAUGGCUUGCUGCAUUCAGCCGAGUGCCAGUCUGGCAAAUACCAUCUUUCUACAUUUUAAUCAUCUCCUAUUUAGCAUGCACUGGAGGAAGCUCAAAUAUCAGCCGAAGCUGCCUGUUCCUCGGGGCCGCCCCAGAGAGGAGCGUGCUGAGCUGGGAGCUCAGGGCUUGCCUUCUCCUGGUCCGUGGGGGUAGGGAGGGGAGGCCACGCAUGGGCAGCAGCCUGCCUCAGCCCCGAAACGCGCCAAACCUACUCCAUGCUCCCCGAGAAUCCCUUCACCCAGUGGCAAGGCCCGUUUCUCUCCCACAGGGGAGCGUGGUCAGCAGCAGCAUCUGACUCCCAGGCCCCAGAACACCCUUCAAGCACAGCUCAUCAUUCCUCAGCUAGCCCCAGAGCAGCACACAAAGGUCUUGAGAAUGUUUCAGGGCCGGGCUCUGUAAGCUUAACAGCAGCAGCUGCAAUGCUGGAUUGUUUGGGACUGUAUCGAUCCUGCUGGGGAGGGGGGGGAACACCAAUAAAACAUUUCUCUAAGGAGA